AUGAGUGAUCAAGAUAAAAAGAAAUUAUUUGAACGUUUACCCUUAACAGUUGUACCAACACAUUAUGAUUUAACAAUUCAACCAUUUCUUGAUACAUUUAAAUUUAAUGGAAAUGUGACUAUUCAUUUAAAGGUUAACCAACCGACUGAUACUGUGAUAUUGUAUGCAGUUGAAUUACAAAUUGAUCAUGCAAAAAUAACAUUAGAUUCGAAAGAUGAAUUAUCGGGUACAAUCGAAAUGGAUAAAGAAAAUGAACGUGUUAAAAUCAGUUUUAAUAGACAACUUGAAAAAGGUGAUUGUGAAUUAUCCUUGAAAUUUAUUGGUGAUAUCAAUGAUCGUAUGCAAGGUUUCUAUCGAAAUAAAUAUACGACACCGGAUGGAAAAGAAGUUCGUUAUGGUGCUAGUACACAAUUUGAACCAGCCGAUUGUCGACGAGCAUUUCCAUGUUGGGAUGAACCAAAUUUUAAAGCAACAUUUGAUAUUACAUUAAUUACACCAAAAAAUCUUCGAGCUAUAUCAAAUAUGCCAAUAAAAUCUGAAAAUGAAUAUCCUGAUGAUAAAGAAUGGAAAAUAACAAAAUUUGAUCGAACACCAAUAAUGAGUACAUAUUUAGUUGCUUAUGUUGUUGGUGAAUAUGAUUAUGUUGAAACUAAAGAUUCUAAUGGUGUUAGUAUGAAAGUUUAUACACCAGUAGGCAGAAAAGAACAUGGUCAUUUUGCAUUAGAUAUUGCUUCAAAAGUUUUACCAUUUUAUGCUGAAUAUUUUAAUAUUAAAUAUCCAAUAGCUAAAGCAGAUCAAAUUGCUAUAUCAGAUUUUGCUAUGGGAGCUAUGGAAAAUUGGGGUUUAGUUACUUAUCGGGAAACAGCUCUUUUAAUUGAUCCAAAAUUUUCAUCAAUGGAUUCACGUCAACGUGUUGCUAUUGUUGUUGCUCAUGAACUUGCACAUCAAUGGUUUGGAAAUUUAGUUACAAUGGAUUGGUGGACUGAUUUAUGGCUUAAUGAAGGAUUUGCAUCAUGGAUUGAAUAUUUAGCUGUUGAUAAAUGUUAUCCAGAAUUUGAUAUUUGGACACAAUUUGUUGCUGAUACUUUUGCACGAUUUCUUGUACCUGAUGCAUUAAAAUCAUCACAUCCAAUUGAAGUACCUAUUGGACAUCCUGCUGAAAUUGAUGAAAUAUUUGAUGAUAUUUCAUAUUCAAAAGGUUCUUCAGUAAUUCGUAUGUUACAUGAUUAUAUUGGUGAUGAUGCUUUUCGAAAAGGUCUUCAUAAUUAUUUAAAAGAAUAUAGUUAUAAAAAUACUAUUACUGUAAAUCUUUGGUCACAUUUAUCUAAAGCAUCUAAUAAACCAGUUAAUGAAGUUAUGUCAUCAUGGACGCUUCAAAUGGGUUAUCCACUUGUAACUGUAGUUGAAGAACAACAAUCAAAUCAAACACGUAUUGUCAAAUUACAACAAGAACGUUUUAUUGCUGAUGGUAGUGCUGAUGAUGAAAAUCUUCAAUGGAAAAUUCCUAUAACUAUUUUUACAAAAUCAAAUCCAAAAGUAAUUGCAAAACAAAUUUUAAUGGAUCAACCUGAAAUAACAAUAACAUUAGAUAAUAUAUCUGAAAAUGAUUGGAUUAAAUUAAAUUAUAAUUCAAUUGGUCUUUAUCGUGUUAAAUAUUCAUCAAAAGAAUUAGCACAUUUAAAUGAACCUAUAGCUAAUAAAACACUUAGUCCACAAGAUCGGCUUAUGAUUCAAGAUGAUGUUGCUGCUCUAUGUAAUGCUGGUCAUCAAUCAUUUGUUGAUUAUCUUAAAUUAUUAUUAUCAUAUAAAGAUGAAGAUAAUUUUACUGUUUGGAAAUCAAUUGCAUCAAGAAUUGCUGAUUUAUCAUCAUUAAUGGAAUAUACAGAUUAUUUUGAUCAAUUUAAAAAAUAUCGUUUAAAUCUUUUUUCAACAAUACAAAAAGAACUUGGUUGGGAUGCAAAAGAAAAUGAAAAUCCACUUGUAGCUAUGUUACGUCCAAUGGUUUUAAGUAUUAUGGGUAAAUCAGGUGAUCAAGCAAUUAUAGAUGAAGCUAAAAAACGUUUUCAAUGUCAUAUUAAUGGAGAUUUAAUUGAUCCAAAUAUUCGUGGAGCUGUUUAUGUUAUUGUUUCACGUUAUGGAGAUGAAAAUACUCAAGAAGAAAUACGAAAAUUAUAUAAAGCAGCUGAUAUGACUGAAGAAAAAGUUCGAUUACUUCGUUCAAUGGGUCAAUCAUUAAAUCCUAAUAUAAUUAAAAAUACUUUACAAUUUAUAUUUGAAAGUGAUAAUGUUCGAAUGCAAGAUUCAGCUUCUGGUCUUGUUGGUUGUACAUCAAGUUGUAUUGGUCGAGAUAUAGUUUGGAAAUUUUUACAAGAGAAAUGGAUGAAACUUGUGGAACGUUUUGGAGAAAAAAGUAGUUUUCUUAUUUCAUUUGUUGAAUAUUGUUUAUCAGAUUUUGCUGAUGAAAAAAAAGCAAAUGAAAUUAAAUUAUUUUUUGAUUCAGUUAAUACACCAGUUGUAACACGAGCAGUAAAACAAGUGAUUGAAACAAUACAUAUGCGUGUUAAAGUAAUUCAACGUGAUUCAAAAGCAAUUCAAGAAUAUUUAACACAACUAUAA